CGAGCGGCCGCAUCUUCGGCACCGGCGUGCGUCGUCAAAGUGGUGGUUUUCAGCAUCGGGCGUUUGUUUGGCGGUUGUGGCAGGCGUCUAGCUAUGGAGAGCACGGGGUUCUUGGAUAUGGACGUUCGCGGGUGCGGGCAGGGUCUUCGAGAUGACGAAAUCGAGGUGGUGGCAAUGGCUGUGACUGCCGUCGUCGUGAACACGAUGCGCGGUGUACCGUCCUCGCCACGCGACGCGCUGGCGGAGCUCCGAAAACGACGAGCGCUGUUGCAGCGCAUUGGCGAAGCGCCAGAUUGCGUGGCCACGUGUCAGGCAGUCAUCCAGUUGUGCGCCAUGCUGUCUUCUGUUGUUUUCCCGCGGGAGACCCCUCGCUGGUGGAUUAAACGACGGACUGGCGGAACAUGGGAGGACCUCCGCCUGUGUGACGACGCGACGGACGAGUACUACCGCCAGAAGGUGCGCAUGUCGAUGGCCAUGUUCAGGCAGGUCGUGGCCGCGUGCGCCGCGUACGUGGAGAAGAAGGUGACGCACUAUAGGAUGCCAUUGCCGGUGGAGCAGCCGUACGGAGGAAUCGACCAAGGUCCUGACGAGGAGCGGUUUGACACGCGGCAGAAGGUGGCACGGGGGUGUGUGGAGAGAGCUUUCGGGCGGCUGAAGUGCAUGUGGCGUCUUUUCUUGCGCACCUACAAGACGAACCUGGAUACCUUGCCGCAGCAAUUCAUGGCAGUGUGCACUCUGCACAACAUCCUCCUAGACGCCGAGAUCGACUUCGAUGAAAACCUGUUGUGGGAGGUGGAUGAGAAUGGUGUGCGCUGGAGAGUGGAUUUGGGCAUUGUGGGGAACGACGCGGGCGGGCGGCAACGUUGCACGAACGUCAACGAGGACUUGUUGCGUGACGCUCUUCGAGACCGGUUGGCUUUGAUGUAGGAGCACUUAGACGCGUGGUGGGGGUUUGGUGCGUGUGUGUGUCGUGGGUGUCGGGAUUGC